CUCAAUGACCAAUAGCUUUUUCUGUUAGAGAUAACAGAGUAAGAUAGGUCGUUAAUCUAUAUUUAGGAUUCUUGUGACUGUAAAAAGUAAGUCAAAAUAUUGAAACUGUCAUUUCGAUUUUGUAUAUCGACUUAUUAGUACUAUAUUGAAACUAAUCCUAAAAUGUCCCACAUAAUAAAAAUAUUAUUACUCACAAUUUGCAUCGCAACUUCGAGUUUAGCCUAUGAGAAUUCUGAUAUUGUAUCAGCAAGAAUCGAGACAUGUAGAGGUUGUUCCUUGAAUCGUCUUCCUGAAGUGAAAAAUUUCGUCAUGGAAGACGCCCCAUUCUACGAACGCCUGGAAGUUCAAUUCAUAACUGGCGCUCCCCCAAUACUUAUUAUUCUGGGUGAAAACGAUAAUGAAUUGGAACGAAUUGCUCUAUCAAAACUAAAUAGAGUUGAAUGUAAUGACAUACUUCUUCAAAAAGGAUUUAAUAAGAAAAAUAAAAAAGAAGAAUUUUAAAAAAUUGUCGUAAAAUAUCUGCAAUUUAUUUGAAAUAAGGUAAAAUGAAUAUAAUACAUUUAGAAAAAGAUAACUUAAUUAAUAUAAUUUCCUGUCCAAAUCAAUUGAAAGAGAAAACAAUGUACAUUAAAAUUUAAUGAGGAAUAAUUUUGCAAUUUUUAUUAACUUAUGAUUACUAUCUGUCCUUAAUAUGUAUUUUGUUUUGACUGUGGAGUGUGGCGGUAUUUGAUACAAUUGAUAGAAUCUUAUCAUUGAUUAUGAAAAUGACUAAAACAUGUUCUGUAGUAUUUUUUUAAGUCUUAUUCUGCAUGUAAUAUAACUAUGUAUUAAACAUUUACAUUCCUUAUAAUGUAAGAAAGUAGAAUUGAAAACAACUAGCAUUUACUUGAUUGCAUUAUAUUUCAUAA